AUGUUUAAAAAAGGAUUACAAGAUGCUACUAGUAAAGAUGGUAGAAUAAAUAGGAUGAGUGAAUUAGAAUUAGUUGCGACCAUUUGUAUGCUUAUGACUAUGAGUGAUGGAACAAUAUACGAUAAUAAUGAGGAUAAUAUGACAAAAGUUUGUUUAAAUAAUAAUGUGUCGUGGGAAUUUGGAUUAUAUUGGAACAACAAGUUGAUUCCACGUGAAUUUUAUAAGGAACUUAAUCAAAGUUAUUAUAAAGCAUCAUGGUUGAUUUUGGAUAUUAACAGACAUUAUAGAAUGAGUUUAUAUGAAGUUGAUAUAGGUCAUUAUAUGAGAUUAUUAUGUAAGAAUAUAAUCAAGAAAUAUAUACGCUGUAAAAGAAUUUGGAAGCCUGACUUAUAUAUGAUUGGUCAAAUCAUUAAUCAAGCGUUAGAAAAUGCUAAAAAGAAAAUGCAGGAAUUAAAGCUUUAUAUGAAUUUAAUUGGCUGCGAGCGAUGGUCAGGAUAUAGUAAAGCUCGGAAUGAACGUGUAAGUGAUGUUUGGACAUCAGUAAGGUUAUCGGAUUAUAAUAAAUUUUUGGUAUUUAGAAAAGCUAAUUAUUCUAGACAUUUUUCUUUAUUAGGUUAUUUUAAUAGAUAG